GGAGCUGGGAGAACUCGCUGCUCUCAUGUCUGGGAAGGGAGGGUGUGUGUAUGUGUGUGUGUUAGUUUGAUCUACCUGGAUGACCACGGCUUUUGAGCUGUACGUUUAUUUCUUUAAUUUACUGUAAUAUGUAGCUGUGUAUUUGAGGAGUAGCAGUGUAUAACGGAGUCUCAGUGCUAAAGCAGUUGUUGUUGAUGAUGAUGACGGCGUUAUUUGGGAAAGUUAAAGUCAGACUCGUUUCCGACUUGCAGACGCGUUUGCUCAUUUCCUGUUGCUGAACGCUGGGAACAGCACUUUCCCUCCUCCCUGAAAGUUUAUUCUGGGAUGCUAAAUAGCAUUUGAUAAAGCGUGUGAAGAUGAGUGUGACCUCAUGGUUCCUGGUGAGCAGCUCGGGCACACGCCACCGUUUGCCACGCGAGAUGAUCUUCGUUGGCCGAGAGGACUGCGAGCUGAUGCUGCAGUCUCGUAGUGUGGACAAACAGCAUGCUGUGAUCAACUAUGACCCGACCACAGACGAGCACCUUGUUAAAGACCUGGGCAGUCUUAAUGGGACAUUCGUGAAUGAUCUUCGAAUCCCUGACCAGACCUACAUCACCCUGAAGCUCUCUGAUGUUGUUCGCUUUGGAUAUGAUUCUCAUGUUUACAUCAUGGAGCGGAGUCAACACAAAGUCCCAGAGGAGGCUCUUAAGCAUGAGAAGUACACGAGUCAGCUGCAGGUGGGUGUAAAUCCUCUAGAGCUCGGGAAGACAGAGCAGGUGGACGAGAAGACCAGCGCUGCAGAUGUGCCGCAUUCCAAACACGAAAAGAACGAGCGCAAAUCCAAUACGGAGCCACCAGUCUUCAAGCCCACUCCUUUGUAUGGCCAGCCGUCAUGGUGGGGUGAUGUUGAUGAAGACAACAAGGGUGAGCCCGGUGAAUCAAGCAGCAACCUCAAUAGUGCAGAAAAACAGAAGGAAGACUCCAGACAAGAGUUUAAUGGACCCUCCUCCGAACAUCAAGGAAAGACCAUUUACUCCAGUCGAAGGGAUGCAAGUUACUUUGAAAUUACCACCAAGGAAUUGCAGUCAAGGCCCAAAGCUACAGAGCAAGAGGUCCAGGUGAUCCCAACAAAAGACACAGUCAAUAAAGCACCACCUACACCCCCUGUAGUGCAGAGCCACGCCUCCUUCACCAUUGAGUUUGAUGACUGCACUCCCGGAAAGAUUAAAAUCAAAGACCAUGUUACAAAAUUCUCCUUCCGCCAACGCAAGAACCCCAGCAAGGAGUCACUUGUCACUCCAACAGAGGUGAUGUCAUCAGAGAGCAAGGUGGCUGAUUGGCUGGUACAGACUGGCACAAGCAUGAUGGGAAGAAAUUCCAGGUCAGAUGAUCUUUACACCACCAAGAGUGACCUUUCCAAAAACAGAAAUACUCUGAAAGAUGGACACCAUCAUGAGGACGGAACACAAAGCGACUCUGAAGAUCCUGUCUCAAAUCCUCAAGACCUCUCAAGAGAGUUGACCCCCCAACAACUUUUCACUCCUCCAGAGAGAGAGGAACCUCCCAUGACCUCCACACCACGUUAUCAAAUUCAGCCUAAAAAGGACCCCCAGCAAGCUUUUGUCAUCAGUUUCCUUGAUGAUGAUGUACAUAAGAGUCGCUCUCAGUCCUUUACAAGUAACAUGUCUCCAGCAGAAUCCCAUGUGGCCCUCAAAAGAAGAACAGAGAAGACAAAAGGAGCAGUCCAAUCUGGAGUGAGUUUAACCUCCUCAGCUGUACAGAGCGCACCCACUCAGCGGUUUACUAUUCCUCUCAAAGGUUCUGAUGGUUCUCAGAAAGCUGGAUUGCUGAGAAGAGAGAAGAGUGAUAUUCUAGCCAGUAAUUCGAACUUUUCUUCUCGCUCAGCUUCCUCAAGACCAUUUGGAAGCGUGGGUCGCAAGUCCAGACUGGCACUGGAUUUUGUGUCCGAGUUUCUCAAGGUGUCAAAACCCAGUUCCACAGCGAAGUCCGAGAAGUCUCUAUCCUCUACACGCUCAAAGGCUUCCAGCAUGGUCUCAGAGGUAGCAGAUAAUUCUACCCAGUCUCAACCCUCAGCCAUGGAUCAGACUUAUAUCUUAUCAACCUCCCAACAGCUAGAACCUUCAAAAGCCCUACAUACAUCCACAUCUACCAGUUGUACAGAUGAGAAGACCCCUAAAGGUUCCAGGCAUGAAGAGGAGGACACCUUGAGUGAUGCUGGCACCUACACCAUUGAGACGGAGGGACCUGAUAAAGAGGUGAAUGAGGCGCGUAACAUGAUUGAUCAGGUGUUUGGUGUUCUUGAGUGCCCUGAGUACAGCAGUCAGCCUUCAGCAGCAUCAGUGUAUAGGUCUGUAGAGGGUGACAGGGAGGCCCAGGAUAUCCUUCCACUUAGUGAGAAUAGUCCUGGCCCAACACUGGGUCAUAAUCCAGGCUAUAGCGACCCAGCCAUGGGUCCAGCACAGGCAGGGUCAGUGGUAUUGACUACUGGGGACACUAAAUGGGUUUCACGUUGGGCUAGUUUGGCUGACGGCUAUUCAGACUCCGGUCCAAUUUCAGGACAAAUCGACAUUUCUACACAGAUGGGCCUUUCAGGAGCUGGACAAAUUAUUCCUCAGUCUAUGCAUAACCGAACUAACGAGAGCACAGGAGCAGAGGACGGCCAGACUUUUAGAGCACGAAGAAUUCUUCCUCAGUUGCCCACAAGAGGGGAGGGGCAAGUGCCACCACCUAGUAUUCAUGUACAGUCAGAAUCUUACCUGACAUAUGACAGUGCAGAAAGGAACAUACAAGGUUCACUGCAAAAAGAUCAUCAGAAACUGUACGUCGCGGAUGAUCUAGAUCCAGACAGUCUGAGUGAUGCUAGCAAGUCAGAUGAUGGUUCCAUCAUAGAGCAGGGUAGAAAAACUAGCACUGGAAAAUCAGAAAGGACUUGUUCAGAGUUUAAGGCUGAGACAUCAUCUAAGCAAGACGUAAUGGCAGACCACAUGUUAAAGGAUCAAGAUUGUCCCACAAAGUUCUCCACAGCCACCAUAACUAGACAGUACGGCAGCCGCAAGGCUGGUGAUUCCAGUGUUUCUCCGUCUGGCAAGGAUGCCUCUACAUGCAUGGAAAACGCUGUGUCGCUCAUCAGACAAGAGAGCUUUACCAAACAUCGGUCCAGUGAUGACAUUCACUUUAUGAAAUUGCCCCAUAUCUCAAGUCCGGAAUCUAGCAACGAUACAAAUGCAUUCAAAGGUGUGUGCAACCAAGACACUCAGUCUUACCUUAAAGAGACAGAGAAUGCGCUUGCUGUUUUAGAGGCCAAACUCCAAGUGCAGAAGCAUAACCGUGCCUCCUGCCCUCAGGAGGACUCUCUUUCUGGGGAAUCAGAUGUAGACACGUCCAGUACAGUCAGUCAGCGUAGUGGUAAAAAUUCUGGUACUUCUGCCCCUAUAAAGCCAGUGAUCCUCAGUGAGCUACUGAAAGGGAAAAAAACUGCUAGCCAGCGUGCUCAAGAGCAGCUCUCUUCUGGAGAUCCUCAGUCUCAGAAGUGCAGGGCCAGUUCAGGAGACAGUAACUAUAAGGAAUCAGGUAAGACCUCUCAGAGCGCCACCAUUCAUCAGUGGUCUGAUGCUGUUUCAGACCAGGAGUCCAGCUCCCAACCUGUUCAUAGAAAGUACACCAUCCCCCUUCAGAAAGAAAGCUCUAGGAGAUCCCUCAAAGGCACAGUGACCCAGGUGCUAGCUCGCUCUGGCAGCCUUUCUGCACCAAAGCCUACUAGGACGUCCAUGCUACGCCGUGCCCGCCUAGGCGAUGCAUCCGACAACGAUGGUACAGAGACUGACCGCACCUCUCAGAACUCUGAUGCCAAUCCGUCUUCCACCAGAACCCAGGAGAGCAAAAAGCUUUCUCGGCUGGACUUAUUGGCUCUGCCGAGAAGGAGAACCGGCUCUUUCACUACACCCAGUGACACGGAGUCCUCAGCUGGUAGGACUGGCUUUUCCAGCCGUUCAGAGGCAGAGUCUGGUUUCUCAGCACGUAAGGCUUCAGUACCUGACCUCAAGACUGGUACGCAGAGGGGUUCUGGGGCAACAGGCAGGCAACCAAUCAUCCGUGGGCGAUCCAGCAGUGCAAAAUAUGCUAGCAGUACAGCCAGCUCCAGGAGACGUCAGAAGGGCUCAGACUACGCCUCCACUUCAGAGGAGGAGUAUGAAUCUAACCAUAGCAUCGCUAAACAUAAACGCUCCCACCAUUCAGGAGCCUUGCACAACUCUAGAACCCAGGCCCCUGACCAGGUUCGGCCUCCAUCCAGAAGCAGAGACUCUGAAGGGGAGGGACAUGAGAGCGAAAAUUUCCAGAACUGGACAACUCAUAGUGCAGAGAUUGCCAGGCUGAGUCAGGACCUGGCUAAAGACUUGGCCAUCCUGGCCCAGGAAAUUCAUAAUGUUGCUGGUGAUGGUGAACCUCAGAAUGCUGCCUCUGUUGAUGCUGUGGAACCUGUAUCUGCUAUAUCUGCCUGCAAGGAGUUACGGCAACAGCUUCCUGAGACCAGCAUAAACUACUCUAAAGUUCUACAAAGUUCAGCUAUGUGCAAGAAUCCUGACCAGACUGUUAGUGAUCAAGGGCUCAAACACCAGAGCUGGAAACAGGAACAGGUCGCUCUGGAUAAUUCAAUGCUGAAUCCUGUCUCCCAACUUUCCAUGGCUAUCCGAGAAAACACUGAGCAACUGACUGAGAAGCUCAAACUUUUGUUCCACAAUAAGGCAGAGGUGUGGGAGGAAAUAGAGACAGUGCUCGAUGCUGCUGAUGAUUCUCCACCUUUGGAAAGUCCAAACAAGGAAAUAAUGUCUAUUAUCCGAGAUCUCAGGGGAAUCCAGAAGCGGUUAGAAGUCAUCAACACAGUCAUUGAACCCAGUGGAAAUGUAAGUCUGGUCAAGUCUUCACCUGUAUUAAGCCACUCUUCAGCAGGUCUAAGCAGCUUCAGAGCUUCUCCCAGAGACUGGAGAGCCACUGCUUCUCAGCGGGCUGCAGGAUCCCCUGCCAGUGCUCGACGCUUUGUUAGGGGGAAUGAUGGUAGGGUUCUGUAGCAUGGGAGUAAGGAAGUCCUUCGUCUCCUACUUUUCUGUAUGCCAUGUCUACUAAAGCUGCUCUUUUGUACACUAGUGACCAACGGUAUGAGAAUCUAUUAUUGGCUUAGCCUUAAGACUGGGGUUCGGUAUUAAUGUGUACAUUUGCACUUGUGCUUGUGUAUGUGCACGUGUGUGUAUGUGUGUGUUUGUGUUUGUGUGUGUGUGUGUGUGUGUGUGUGAAUGCGAGUGAAAGAGCACCUCUUGCACAGCAAUACAAGGCUGAGAAUACUAAGCUGGUUAUUGGGAGUACUAGGGGAUUAGGUACAGGCACUUCUGUUGGUGCCAUACUUGUACUGUAUAAUAUUUAUAAUGACACUGUAUUUCAGUUUAAUCAUUUUGUUAUUCACCCAGUGAUUGAUAUGUGGUGGUAAAAUAAUAAAAAAAAAAAGGCAUUAAACAUUAUUUAGGGUGUUUUAUAU